AUGCAGACUUCAAGGUUACCCAGUGAGUACAUUCGCGAAUUUGACAAGUACCUUCGGAAAACAUGUCUCGACCGAAUCAAAGAAAUAUCCGCCGAGGAGGAUGACACAGCCCACUAUGCUGUUGAGAUUGACAUCAUUGCCAUGCAAAACAUAGCCCCCGACGGUUGCGCCGCACUUCUGCAUGACCCACAAACAGCUCUUCCAUUGCUUGAGGAAGCCAUUCAAAACCUUCAAGAGUCGUUUACGGACAACCCAAAGGCAAAUGUGCACGCGAGGGUAUGUCAUUUGCCUUCUACUCCAGCCUACCUCAAACAGAACAUCAGCGCGUUACGCAAUCGCGAUGUAGACAAGCUCCUUUCGCUUCUCGGUACCAUCACGAGGACCGGGAGUGUGAUGCUGCGCGAAGUCACAAGGGAAUAUAUCUGUUCAAAAUGCAAAAACACUAUUGUGGUCACAGGAGAUAUUUCUCAGAGAGGGGCUUUUGCUGUACCUACUAGAUGCCCCAGGUCAUGUCCAGGCACUAAGUUUGUGCCCCUGGACGACGUUCCGCCGGUUUGUCGAGAGUAUCAAGAGGUCAAAGUUCAGGAAAAGGUGCAACAUCUUGAUGUCGGCUCGAUUCCGAGAUCUCUGAUUGUCAUUCUCACAGAUGAUUUGGCCGACACCGUCAAACCAGGAGAUGAUGUCGUUGUGUCGGGUAUUCUCUACCGCCGAUGGAACAAGCCUUUGAUUGUUGAUUCUAGGUCAGAUGUUGAACUCAUGCUGGUUGCACUUCACAUAUCUUCGAACAACGAGAAAAAAUCCUUUCUGCAUCAGCUGACAGCGAGGAACCUUAUUCUGAAGUCAAUUUGUCCCCAGAUUUACGGCAUGUACUUGCUAAAAAUGAUUGUGGCUAUGUCUCUCAUCGGUGGAGUUUCCUAUUGUGACCCUUCAGGUAGUCGCAUCCGGGGCGAGUCUCAUUUGCUUAUUGUCGGAGACCCAGGAACGGCAAAGUCGCAAAUACUACGAUACGCCGCGAAAAUUUCUCCGCGCUCAGUUCUUACUACAGGGAUUGGAACGACUUCGGCAGGUCUGACGGUGACUGCUGUACGAGAGGCUGGGACAGGGGAAUGGAUGCUGGAUGCAGGUGCCUUAGUGCUGGCUGAUGGAGGGGUAUGUUGCAUUGAUGAAUUCGACGGCAUUAAGAACCAUGACAGAGGUGCUAUUCAUGAAGCAAUGGAGCAACAAACACUCUCUGUAGCGAAAGCGGGGCUCGUUUGCACUUUGGAUACCCGCGCGACUGUUCUUGCAGCAGUCAAUCCCAAGGGGGGAAAGAUCUACUUCGGGGGGGAUCAACUGCCUAUCACAGUUGGAAUUGCAUCCCCUCUUUUAAGCCGUUUUGAUGUUGUCCUCACUCUUCUUGACCAGAAAAAUGAACAGUGGGACAGGCAGCUCUCUAGUUUUAUCCUGAAUGGAUACGAAGCGCCCUCAAUGGAGAAAGCAGACAAAAUCUGGUCUACCGAAAGACUGCGCCAGUACUUGUAUUACAUCAAGACAGAUCUGAAGCCAAAACUCUCCCCGAAUGCCCAAACUCUGCUUUCAAAGUACUACACUAUGGAGCGCGCAUCGGCCCUGGUGAGACUUGCACAUUCGCAUGCAAGACUCAUGUUUCGCGAAACAGCCACCGCACUUGAUGCUGUCUUCGCAAUAGCUGCGGUGGAAGCGUCCUCAGACACUCACGAAGUGGUUGGCGGAAUGGGCGCACUGCAUGCCCCAUUCCCCGAGAAUCCGCGUCAGGAGUUCGAGAAGUAUGCAAGGUUUAUUCUUGGUAAGUUAGGCCUUGAAGAUGCGGGCAUUAGUUUCUACGAAGACGAUGCCCCUGUCGACUCUUGA